AUGGUUGGGUUGAUGAAUUUACGAUUAACGUCCAACUUCUUCAGUGGAAACAUUCCUCCAGGAUUUUGCGACCUUACCAGCCUUCACAUCUUAGAUCUAUCACGCAAUUAUUUGUCAGGUCAUAUUCCACAUUGCCUUGGUAAUUUCGAUGAGAUGAGAUCUGACGACAUAUAUUUUGUCGGAUCUUCUACACUGGCAUUAACUAAUGGAAGCUUCAAGAUAAUGGCAAAAGGAAGAGAGCUAGAAUAUAAGUACCCCAAACUCUACCUUAUUAAUAGCAUUGAUCUAUCCGAUAAUAACUUAUCAGGGGAGAUUCCUGUGCAGCUAACAAGUCUCAUAGGACUGCAAACUUUGAAUUUAUCAGCAAAUCGUUUGACAGGGAAGAUUCCAGCAAACAUAGGUAACUUGACAACGCUAGAAACUCUUCAUCUCUCAAGAAACAAACUUUUUGGUCCAAUUCCAGUCAGCAUGAUUUCUUUGACAUUCCUGAAUCAUUUGAACCUCUCGUACAACAACUUGACUGGAAAAAUCCCAACGGCUAACCAGUUCUUAACCUUUGAUGAUCCAUCAAUCUAUCAAGGCAAUGCCGGCUUAUGUGGAAAGCCUUUGGACAAUGUUUGGGCAGCAGCCAAUUUGGUACUCCAAGAGGAGAGAAAGAAGAGAAAGAUGGUGAUGUUGGGGAUAAGACUGAGAAGGUAG